AAAAUCGAAGAACUGGAAGCAGCACCACCGUCAAAAUCACCGGUGUAAAUCGGAAAUCUUGCACACCUUCAAGUUGAGUUGCUCAGACCUUUUCUAUUUUUUCGUCGUUAUUUCUUGUUCUUCCAAAUACAUUAUCAGUCCAAAUUAAGUUGAAGUUUCACAUGGUUAUGGGUAGGCCACUUAAACGAGUAACAUCCACCAUUUCUUUUCUUGAUGGCCCCCAUAGAUUUAAACUGAGUGGAACAACAAGAAGCUUUUCAACACACACACACAGGCAUAAAUACAAAUAUGCAAACACAUAAAGAUUAAGGAUCAUCUUAUGAGGUUGCCACCUUAUCUUGUCACUAGUAACUUUGAAGUGGGAUUGUAUCUCUAGAAAAAGACACAUUGGUAACGCCCAUCCCUCUUUGCAAAUAUGUGUUCAAUUUCCCCCUUUCCUCGCUUAUAAGAAUCCCUGCUCUAAACAACAAGACAAAGCCAUUAGCCACUAGAUUUAGGCCGGCAGUUCCUCUCUCCUCAUAAUUUUUUACCCUGCACUGUUGGUCACGCACCUUUUUCUUCACUACAUUCCAAUUCCCACAUAUUUAAUUUGUAUUUUCCUUUUUCCCCUUUUUCGUCGCAUCCAAAUCCUCCCAGUAUAUAUUACAUCACAAUUCUUGAAAGGGACUCAUCAAAAUGGAUGCUUGAGUUUCUGCCUCUGCAUCUCAAGCCCUUCUCUUUUUCUUACUGCCACGUCUUUCCCCACUAUUUGAUUGGCCCAUUUUAACCAGAACAAAAAAAAAUAGAAAUAAAAAUUUGAUCUUGGAGGUUGAUGAUGGGGUGGGGGUUAUGGGUAGUGGGGUGUUGUUUUGUGUUGAUUGUGAGGUGGGUGUUGAGGAGGGUGAAUGGGUGGUGUUAUGAGAGGAAGUUAGGAGAGAGAAGGUAUGAACUGCCACCAGGUGAUCUUGGUUGGCCUUUCAUUGGCAAUAUGUGGUCCUUCCUCAGAGCUUUCAAGUGCAGCAGACCUGAAUCUUUCAUCUCCUCUUUUGUUGACAGAUAUGGGCAUGGUGGAAUGUAUAAAGUUCACAUGUUUGGUAAUCCUAGUAUAAUUGUUACCACGGCAGAAGCAUGCCGGAAAGUUCUAACUGACGAUGAGGCCUUCAAGCCGGGAUGGCCAUCUUCAACGAUGAACCUUAUUGGGAAGAACUCGUUUGUAGCGAUUUCUGAUGAAGAGCACAGGUGGCUGCGCAAGUUAACAGCAGCCCCCGUGAAUGGACACGAAGUGUUGUCCUUGUACAUGAAAUACAUCGAAGACAAUGUCAUAGUCGCUUUAGAAAGAUGGGCAGGCAUGGGAAAGAUGGAGUUCUUGACUGAGCUCAGAAAGCUCACAUUUAGAAUAAUCAUGUAUAUAUUCCUGAGCUCAGAGAGUGAGCAGGUCAUGGAGGUAAUGGAGAGGGAGUACACCAUGCUCAACUAUGGCGUUCGAGCAAUGGCAAUCAACAUACCCGGAUUUGCUUACCAUUCUGCUCUCAAAGCGCGUAAACGGCUGGUGGCUGUUCUCCAAUCUAUAGUAACUGCACGAAGGGAAUGGAGGACGAAGAACCCUGUAGGGUCGAAGAAAGACAUGAUGGACGCGCUGAUGGAUGCUCAAGAUGACAAGGGUCGAAGCUUGAAAGACGAGGAGAUCAUUGAUGUUUUAGUUAUGUAUCUCAACGCGGGCCAUGAAUCGUCUGGACACAUCACUAUGUGGGCGACCCUCUUCCUGCAGAACCAUCCCGAUGUCCUCCAACGAGCUAAGGCAGAGCAAGAACAGAUUGUGAAGAAAAGGCCACCUGGUCAAAAAGGCCUAACGCUUAAAGAAAUACGCGAAAUGGACUAUCUUGAUAAGGUAAUCGAUGAAACACUUCGUGUGGUGACAUUCUCACUCACGGUGUUCAGAGAGGCGAAGAAAGAUGUCCACGUCUGUGGCUACACAAUUCCCAAGGGAUGGAAAGUGUUGGUCUGGUUCAGAGGUGUUCAUUUCGACCCUGAGACGUACCCUGAUCCGAAGAAGUUUGAUCCUAGCAGAUGGGAUGGAUUCACACCCAAGGCAGGGAAUUUCCUUCCUUUUGGUGGAGGAAGCAGAUUGUGCCCGGGGAAUGAUCUUGCCAAGAUUGAAAUCUCCAUCUUUCUGCACCAUUUUCUGUUGAAUUACGAGCUGAAACGCCAUAAUCCUGCUAGUCCGUUGAUGUACCUACCGCAUACGAGGCCUAAGGAUAACUGUCUUGGAACUAUUACAAGACGCUCUGCUCAUAAAUAAUUAAUCAUCUUCUGCAACUACCUUUUCUCUGCUUUCUUUUUCACUCCAUUUUGUUAUGUACAGAGACUUGGAAUUUGCCCUUCUUUAAAUUAUCAAAACGGACUUCACUUGCUGCUGCAAA